AUGAGGUUAUUCCGGGACCAUCGAUUUGUUGGUGCUGAUGCCGUCGACGGUCCCUGGUACAUGGUCCACGGUUCAUGGUCCACGGUCCCUGGUACAUGGUCCACGGUUCAUGGUCCACGGUCCCUGGUACAUGGUCCACGGUUCAUGGUCCACGGUCCAUUGUCCACGGUCCCUGGUACAUGGUCCACGGUUCAUGGUCCACGGUCCAUGGUCCAGUGUGUUUGUGUCUCCUGCAGGGGGGCGUUCUCGACGGUUCACCUGGCGGAGGUAAGGGACGACCCCUCGCGCGUCGUGGCCAUCAAGAUCAUCGACAAGAAGGCGCUGAAGGGCAAGGAAGACUCUCUCGAGAAUGAGAUCAAAGUACUCCGAAGACUGCAGCACCCCAACAUAGUGCAGCUGCUGGACACUUAUGAAGACCUUGAACACGUAUACCUCAUCAUCGAGUUAGUAACUGGCGGAGAAUUAUUCGACCGUAUCGUGGAGAAAGGUUCUUACACAGAGAAAGACGCAUCUGGUCUAAUACGGCAGGUUCUAGAGGCUGUUGACUACAUGCACGACCAAGGUGUUGUUCACAGAGACCUCAAGCCAGAGAACCUUCUGUACUUCAGUCAAGAUGAAGACAGCAAGAUAAUGAUCAGUGACUUUGGCCUCAGUAAGAUGGAGGAUUCUGGCAUUAUGGCAACAGCAUGUGGCACUCCAGGUUAUGUAGCUCCAGAGGUUUUGGCACAGAAGCCCUAUGGGAAAGCUGUGGAUGUCUGGAGUAUAGGUGUGAUUGCUUAUAUUCUUCUAUGUGGUUAUCCUCCUUUCUAUGAUGAAAAUGAUGCCAAUCUAUUUGCACAGAUUCUUAAAGGUGAAUUUGAAUUUGACUCUCCAUACUGGGAUGAAAUAAGUGAUUCUGCAAAGGACUUCAUUCGUCAGUUGAUGUGUGUUGAUGUUGAGAAGAGGUACACCUGUAAGCAGUCUCUCAAUCAUCCUUGGAUUUCUGGUAAUGCAGCCAGUGACCGAAAUAUUCACAGCUCCGUAUCUGAACAACUCAAGAAAAAUUUCGCAAAGAGCCGAUGGAGGCAACUAAUGCAUGCAAUCGUGAUGGUUCACAAGAUGCAGCGACUGGCCCUCUCCUCCACGAACAUGGUGGUGGACACUCCUCCCGCCUGUCCCUCGAUUACGGAGGAGGCAGAGGCGAGGGAGGAUGAGGAGGAGGAGGAGGCUGUGGUGAACCCAGCAAGCCUACCAUGCAACAGCCGUGAUCCGCCAAAUGAGGAAAAUGGCACUAAGCACUCAGCGUGAGAAGAAAGAGAGCGAGUCCAGCGACACUAAUGCCAACACCACAAAAGCACCAAGAGAAAAUGCCCACUAGUUAUUCCUCAGCUCACUGCUUUGAUUUUUUUAAGAAAUGUGAUGUGGUUAGGCUGUCUUCAGUUCUUGUUUGCAUUUCCAAAGACUGUAUCUUGCAGUUUCAAAGCUAAAGUUAGUCUUACAUAAAUGCUAACUGAAUUUCAGAAGAGUCUACCAAGUUGAUAACUUUGGUUCUUCUGGUUUCUUGGUUCUCAUCCAGGCUUUGACUGUGGCUCAACAAGUAGCCUGUACAGAAGGCUUUGGUGUCUUCUACUUACUUGUGAUUGAUUCUAGAGUCUAAUAGUUAUUUUUGUAUAAUAAUUGCAGAUAUUUUUCACUUGCAGUCUUUAGUAGUAUCCCAAUUUAUAAGCAAAACUUUGAAUGUGGUAUAGGAGUGAUACCAUAAUAGAAACACUCAAAUUUAAUAUUGCAACUAGAAUUACACCCAGCCAAUUAACAUGUUACUGACAUCUUGAAAACGAGUCAAGGUGCAGAUUUUUACUCCUAACAUGUCACUUUACUUGAAGCUCAUUGAGGAUGUGACUGCAGUAUUCCUCAUGGUUAAUAUUUGACACUAAAUUAUUGUGCUGGUGUUUGAUGCAUCAUAUAUAUUAAACCAGAGUUAUCCCAUAUUCUAAAUUUCUGAAGCAAAAAUUAAUUUUUUUUUUCAUUACAUUAUUAAGCUCAACGGCAUCCACUUUGUCAGCUGGUGAGCUCUUGCCAGGAGGGUUCUGUGUAUGUUGGGAAGAAGAGUAUGGACUGUUGUUAUUUUAGCUUAGCAAACGUUACUUUCUUUCAUAAACACUUCUGAAUUUUAUGGUAUUGGAAAAUCACUUCUCUCCAUCUAAGGACCUAUUGUCUUUCAUGUAUCACGAUAUUUUAAAAUGUUCAGAAUGGCAACUGCAUAAAUUCCCUAGAAUAUGUAUAUUUAGCAUGGACAUUUAUUCACAUGGGCAGUGAAGCUCUCUGUUAAUCAAAUUUUGUAUUUGUGCUCUUGCCUCUUAGACCUAUGAAGUGAUCAUAACCAAGUCUGGCUGGGGCUUGGAAGUCUCUGGGCAAGCAUGUGUUUUUGAUCUACGCAACAAUUUGUAAAUUUCUAAGUGCAAUUUUUUAGCAGUAAUUUUUUUUUCUUUGCAAAAAGUUGACUAUUCUUGAUGUUUUGUAGUAGUCCUUGUCCCUGAAGUUGAGGUCUCUUGUGGGGUUCAGUAAAUUUUCUUGAUGGUUUACUCCCAGAAUUUGUUAAAAUGUAAGCAAGAAAAUAUGAACCUAAGGGUGUUAAGCAUCAUGUUCAAGUCUUUAUUAAACUUCAGGAAGGACUUCACAGUCAGGGUUAACAACUGAUGCACAUGUCAGUAGCACAAAGUUCCAAUGGCCUGCUAAAGCUCAAGUCAGAAGCAAGUUGUUUUUUCUUUAAAUUUAUGAACAUAUUCCAUUUUAGGUUGCUUAAAUUGUAGCCUGUUGAAAAUUGUAUGAGUUUGUGUCAGUAUGCUGUUGCUCAAAGUAAUAUAGCAAAGUGUUAUCUGUCAUCCAUUAUUGUGAUCGACUUCUCUUAAUUUUAAAUCUUCCUUUCUAUAUUUUCCCAGGACUUGAGCUUUUAGCAAUUCUAAAAGGAAGUUCAUUGUAGUAAUCACCAAAUGGAUGUGUAUUCCUAUUUUUAAAAAUUUACCAAUAUUAGCAACCUUAUUAGGUAGUUGAAGAAUAUUUGUAGCCAAUAGAAUUUUUCGAAUCUUGCAUUUGUAGGAAAUAGUAUGCAAACAUUUAAAUGACUUAGUAUUAUCUGAUUGCAUGACAUCAUAACUGAGUUAAUGGUGAAUAAACAAUGGUUGGUGAUGGUGUUAUAGGCUGCAUUCGACAGAUGCCAGGAAGUGAAAUCCUUCAGGUCUAAGGUAAGAAUCAGGUCAUUAUGAACGACCUUGGUAAAAGAGAUUACAAUGGGGCUCUGUUCGAGGAUCUGUGCAACAGUGUGGUUUUAGUAUGAUCCUUGGAGGCAGUAGUGUGGUCCUCAGUAUGAUCCUUGGAGGCAGCAGUAUGGUCUUCAGUAUGAUUCAUGAAGUCAACAGUACAUUUGUUAAGUUAUCAAGAGAGGUGUACCUUCCAUGUUGCACACAAUAGUCCUACUUCCCUUUUCCAUACAUGCGUCAUGUAUAUGUGAGGUAGAAGCCAAAACUCUUUCAUAAGAGUUUCUGAUACAGCCAUAUGGGAAGAUAAUUAGUUUUAUGGAAAGAGAACUGUCGAAUGCAGUCAUAGAUUGUUAAGGUCAUUGGUUUCAAUCGCCAAAAGUGACUUGAAUUUGGUAUUUUUUUUUUUUUAGCAAUUUGUGUCUUGUUUUUCUUGGAUAACGAAAAUGUUGAUAAACGGACUGGAUAA